AUGGAACAAACUCUCCAAGCCGUCCUGGCAGCCUCUGCCAGCUUCAUGGUUGUCAGCUUUAUCCUCGCCUCCGUCAUCCUCAUCUGCAAGAGAAACUCCAAGCGCCGACGCAGCCACCGCGCGGUACCUCCUCCCCUGCCUCGCAACUCGCCCCUCUCGAAGCCCGAUUCCGGGCCCGAAUCUCGCCUCUCCACCUCAUCCGUCGACGAGAGCGCCACCUUCGACCCGUUACUCAACUCCGUCUCCAUGCAGGAGCUCGCCGGCGCCACCGGCAACUUCUCCCCCGACCUCAUCAUCGGCGACGGCAGCUUCGGGCUCGUUUACAAGGCCCGACUCAGCUCGGGCCCGGUCGUCGCCGUCAAGAAGCUCUCCCACGAUGCCUUCCAGGGCCUACGCGAGUUCCGGGCGGAGAUGGAGACCCUGGGCAAGAUCCGGCACUCCAACAUCGUCAAGAUACUCGGCUAUUGCGCCACGGGCUCGGACCGCGUCCUCAUCUACGAGUUCAUCGAGAAGGGCAGCCUCGACCAGUGGCUCUAUGACACGGAGGACGCCGGGCCCAGGCCUGCCCUCCCCUGGCCCACCAGGAUUAACAUCAUCAGGGGCGUCGCCAGAGGCCUGGCCUAUAUGCACAACCUGGACACCCCCAUCAUCCACAGGGACAUAAAGGCCAGCAACAUACUGCUGGACGCGGGCUUUGAGGCCCACAUAGCUGACUUUGGGCUGGCCCGUAGGAUAGAGGGGGCCCACUCCCACGUGUCGACCCAGGUGGCAGGUACCAUGGGGUACUUGCCGCCCGAGUACCUCCAUGGGGCCACCAUGGCCACCGUGAUUGGUGACGUGUACAGCUUUGGGGUCUUGACCUUGGAGAUUGUUACGGGCCGGAGGCCCAGUUUCCCUUUUAAUGGGGAGGAUGGGAAGGAGGUUCGGUUGAUGGAUUGGGUCGGGAAAAUGGUCGACUCUAAAAGGUACAUGGAGAUGGUGGAUUCGAGCAUCUUGAAGGAAGGCCUUGACGAGCGUGUGGUGGUGGAAAUUUUUGAAAUCGGGCUACAGUGCGCGGACGAGAGGUGGAAGGCUAGACCCACCAUGAAGGAGGUGGUAGAGCGCCUCGACAAGAUUGCGUGA